AUGUCAUUCAAGCGUGCUAUAGUUGAUCUCAACUCGUUUGGAGCGUCUGCUUCAAAGAAAAGAAAAACAUUGGGUGCUGAAGAUCUUGAUAAAUUUGCACCAGGUAGUAUCAUCAAAGUGAAGGUUAAGAAUUUUGUUACGUAUGCAUUGACUCAAUUCACAUUGUCCCCAUCAUUGAAUAUGAUCAUUGGUCCUAAUGGUACCGGUAAGAGUACAUUUGUGUGUGCUGUUUGUAUAGGGUUAGCUGGUUCUCCUACUCUAUUGGGUCGUCAAAAGGCUUUAGCUGGUUUCAUUAAAAACGGUGAAGAAAGUGCUACUGUGGAAAUUACUUUGAAGAAUAAAGCAGGUUUACCUGAAAUUGUCAUUAAAAGAGAAUUUUAUCAAUCAAACAAGUCAGAUUGGUAUGUUAACAAUAGACCAACAUCCGAACAAAAAGUUAAAGCUUUAUUGAAAGAUAUGAAUAUUCAACUUGAUAACUUGUGUCAAUUUUUACCUCAAGAAAGAGUUGCUGAUUUUGCUAAAUUGAAACCUGAAGAGUUACUUGAAGAAACUGAAAGAGCCAUUGAGGUUGAUUUGUUGGAUAAACAUCAUGAACUUAUCAAAUUGGAUGAUGAAAGAGCAGUAGUAGCUGAAGAACUUGAGACUAAAACUGGUGAAUUUGAUAAACAAACAGAAGAAAGAACUCGUUUUGAAGAAGAAGCUCGUAAGUAUGAAGAGUUUCAAAGAAAAAAACAAGAGUUUGACGAUCACGAAAAACUUUUGCCUUAUGCUCAAAUCCAAGAUAUGAAAGUUCAAUUACAAGCUGUUAAAGAUGAACGUGACAAACUUAAAAAUGACUUAGCAGAGAUAAAAGAACUUGCUAGACCUUAUGAGGAUGCUGCUUCAUCUUUCGAUGAUUCGAUAAGAAACUAUAGUAACGAAGUACAUGAUUUAACAAAAGAUCAAAAAGAUGUUCAACAUUCUAUUGAUCAAUGGAAGCAAAAACUUAGUGAUUUAGAAACUAAGCAUCAAAAAUUAUUAGAUUUGAUUGACCAUCAUAGACAAAGAGCUGAAGUUAAGAAGAGGGAGCUAAAUCACUCCAAACAACAAUAUGAAAAAGUUGUUCAUGAUAGAAAUGAAAUACAGCUUGUGGAUGCUGAAACUGUUAGAGAAUAUCAAGAUAAAGCAUUAAAAUUGUUUGACCAAAUUAAUGAAUAUGGUUCAAGAGCUUCUGAUUUGGAAUCCGAUUUAGCUAGAACAAGAAGAGAAGGACAACAGCUACAAGAUAGAAUAGGGCAAUUAAAUCAACAAUUCAAAUCUAAGGAUAAGAUACAUAUUUUGGAUCAAAGAAUCACAAAUGCAUUCAAUAGACAAGCACCAACAGUUAAAAAGGCUGUUCAAAUUUUACGUUCUCAAGAAUAUGCCAAAUUUAGAGGACAAGUUUUCGAACCACCUUGUAUUACAAUUUCAACUACAAGAAAUGAAUAUUCUGCCUAUUUAGAGGAAAUUGUUGAUCAACAAACUGUUUUCGCUAUAACUGCUGCUUCAAAAGCUGUUUAUACUGAUAUUUCCAAAGAAAUUUUCGAAAAACAUAGAUUGAAUGUCCCUUUUAGAUAUUUGAGUGGUAGAAAACCAAACCCAAAAAUUUCAAGUGAGCAAUUAAAAAGGUUAGGAUUUGAUGGUUACUUAAGAGAUUUUGUUAUUGGACCUCAAGAAGUUAUUGAGAUGUUAUCAGAAACAAGUUUCAUUUAUGAUAUUCCGGUCUCAAUCAGAGGUAUAACAGAACAACAAAUUGAAUAUAUUAAAGAUUAUAGAACAUCUGAUGGUAAUUUAAUGUUUAGGAAAUUCAUUUCUGGUGAUUCUUUAUUUGCCUUAUCUAAAUCAAGAUAUGGUUCUCAACAAGUUACAAUUAAGACUUCACAAAUUAAUAUGCAACCUAGACAAUUUUCUUCAGGUGGAUUAACAGAAGAAAGAAAACAAGAAUUAACAAAUCAAAUCAAACAAGUUCAAAUGCGUUUUGAAGAUGUUAAUCAAAGAAAAGAAAAUUUGAAACAUAAUUUAAGUCAAGUUCAAGAGGAUAUUGCACCAUUAGAAGGUGAACGUAGAGAAUAUGAAAAAGCAGUGAGGUCAGCCAAUGCUAAACAAAAUGAAUAUGAUAAGCUGACUCAAAGAGCCAAAACUUUAAAAGAAAAACUUAAUAGAUUAGAAGUUGAAGCUAGUAAAGAUUAUAGUAAUGAGAUUUCAAUUAAUCAAAAGAAAGUGAAACUUGUUGCACAAGAAAGAAUGAGAGUUUUAUCAGAAUUGAGUAUAUCACAAAUUAAAUUUCAUGAAAUUGCACAAGAUAUUUCACUAUUGAAAGUCAAACAAUUUGAUGACAAAAACAAGAAAAAAUCUGUUGCAGCUUUAACUGAAGGUAUUAGAGCCGAAAUUAAUGAAGUUGAACAACAAUAUGAUGAAGCUAAAAGAAAAUAUUCACUUUUGAAAAACGAUGAGAAAAUAAAGGAAUUAGCUUCAAUUACCAAACAAUAUUCAGAAGAAUUAAAAGCAAGAUUAGAGACUUUAAUUCUUGCGUAUUCAGAACAAGGAAUAUUUACUGAAAGGGGUAUUGAAGAUAAGAUUGAAAGUAUUGAGUCUGAAUUAAAAUUAUUAGGUACAAGUUCUAAAUCAUCAGUUAAUACAUUGGAAAGAAUUAAUGAACAAUUGGAUAGAUUGAAUCAAGAAAUUCCAGAAUUACAAAUGAGAGCUAAACAAAUCACACAAAUCAUAAGAGAAACUCAAUCAGAAUGGGAACCAAGAUUACAUGAAGUUAUUUCCAAGAUUUCUGCUAAAUUUUCCACAAUUUUCCCAGCUGUUGGUAUAGCAGGUGAAGUUAGAAUUGCUAAAGCUGAAAAAUACUCAGAUUGGAGAUUAGAAAUCAUGGUUAAAUUCCGUGAAGAAGCAGAAUUAAGAGUUUUAGAUAGUCAUUCACAAUCUGGUGGUGAAAGAGCAGUUUCCACAGUUAUGUAUAUGAUUAGUAUGCAAGAAUUAACAACAUCACCAUUUAGAGUUGUUGAUGAAAUUAAUCAAGGUAUGGAUUCAAGAAAUGAAAGAGUUGUUCAUAAACAUAUGGUUCAAGUUGCAUGUCAAGAACAUACAUCACAAUAUUUCUUGAUUACACCAAAAUUAUUGACUGAUUUAUACUAUUCACAAAAUAUGAGAGUUCAUUGUAUCAUGGCAGGUCCUUGGACACCAAAUCCAAGUGUUGAUCAAAGUUAUUUAGAACUAGGUGCAACUUCAGCUUAUGUAUGA